CUGUUGCGCUUCAACAUCAACAAGCGCAACAAGUAACGAACAUUUUUCUAGUUUCGUUUAAAACUACAAUUUUAAAAAAAUGUGUCACAAAACUACCGGUGUGUCACCUUUACCCGUCAAACUUGCAAAAAUCACAGUGAUCGUGAUCUUCUUUUUCUUCGCCGAGUGUGCGGCUGGUUCAUGCCUCAGCUAUGGCCAUGCAUGUUGGGGUGCCCACGGAAAACGUGGUGGAAGUAGCCACACACAGCAAGAACCACCAAAUGUAAACAAGGAUGCUUCACUGAUACUUGCAAAAUUAUUGCAACCCAUUGACCUUCGUUAUGCCAGCGACAGAGAUAUGCAGAUGCCAACAAAUCAGCAACUUUUUUCUGAUGCUCAAAUUGAAGCGGAGCUUUUAAAAGGGCAAGACGACUUCAGAAAUUUACAAGACGGAUAUUUGAAUGAUGAAAAUGUACUUGCCGAUGACAUGUACCCUCUUCAAAGGACUCAUUCCCGCAGAGUAAGGGCCACAAAAGCAUUAGAAAAGCGAUCGACGCGAAUGAUUUGAAAAGGAUUUCCAAGCGAUAUUUAAUGUCUCUACUAAUGUUUACGUAAAGUUUAUCUUUCUAAUUGUAACUUGACUGUUGAAUUUUGUUAUUAUUUGUACAUAAUCCGUCGUUAGGUUUUGUUAAACUGGUAAGUUAGGCUGGAUAACAAAAUCUAAUUCCUUAAAAAUUGAAAUGAUAUUUAUGUGAGCCCUUUAUGUCAUUGUAAAGACUGUGUAUUAUUUAGUAUUCGUAUAAUAUUAUAGUGACA